AUGAAUCAACAAUACUUCAAACAAUUAUAUGAACAAAUUAGAGUUGAUUCAGAGUGUAAAUCAUUAUUUGAAGGUGUUUAUUCAGAUAUGAUUAAUUUGGUAAUAAUAAAGAUUUUGAAUACUGAGAAUCUUGAAGUUUUAAAUAAUGAUAAUGAUAAUAAUAAUAAUAAUAAUAAUAAUAAUAAUAAUAAUAAUAAUAAUAAUAAUAAUAAUAAUAAUAAUAAUAAUAAUAAUAAUAAUAAUAAUAAUAAUAAUAAUAAUAAAUAA